AUGGAUCUCGAACAGCAAAGGCAGUCAGAAGAAUCGCUCCAAGAUGCCGCAGAGCCCCAGGAGCAGCCGGAGCAGCAGCGCACCUCACCCGACGAGACACACGGACCAGCGCCGCACAGCGGACUGCCUGACGCCGCGCAAGCAGCUCUCGAACCUCAAGAAUGCCACACGAUCGACUUAAUACGCUACUGGUGGAACCUGCCCCAGCUCGACGAAAUGCAAUUUCCUGAGUUCGGCAACAUCCUCCGCGACGGCAGACGCAGACACGCGUCACGCUUUAAAGUGGUGAAACUCGUCCCGACGGUAGAUGCCGCGCUUGCAAAGUUCUUGAAUCUGUCCCCAAGCCAGAGGGCACAAGGUAUUGCAAUCAAAGCCAGACCAAAUUCGGUGCUCUCACUUCUGCCUCGGUGGAGCCCUGUGCGUGAGAGUUACCUCCACACUGACAUUCUGCCGAAAAAUCGUUUUCUCUGGCCUGCGCUCGGAGCGUUCGUGGGUCGGCGGUACCCAGCGUUGUAUUUGGUUAUGCCGCGGGCGCGGGGUGAUGUGUGGGAGGCUUUCAAAAAGCACCCCGAAAAGUUUGAUUUGCCACUGGCAAUUGCGGAGAUCGUUCUCGCUGUCAAGGCACUGCACGAAGCCGGACUUGUUCACAGAGACAUCGCACUCUCCAACUUCUAUAUCUCGUUCAGCGGACACAUUGCUUUGGGCGAUAUGGAGACUGUUACCGUUGAAGGCAUGAGAGAGACGCAGGCGUCGCGCCUUGGACAUACUGCACCGGAGGUCGAGGGAAACCCGUUUACAAGAUUGGGCCUUGAGUAUAUCGCAUAUUCGAAGAAAUCAGACAUGUCUUCACUAGGUGCAGCUCUGUCGAAGUUCGCCUGGGACAAAGGAAAGCAAGAGACAGAGCAGCUGAUCCUGGAUCUCGCGAAAAAGCUACAGGAUACAGACCCGGCACGCCGACUGGACUUCGAUGAGAUCAUGCAGCAUCCAUUGUUUGAGGGCAUUGAUUUUGAUGCUGUUGAGCAAGGCCUGACUCCACCGCCCUUCAAGGAUUCCGAGUACACAUGGGAAGGAGCUGGAUUCUUCUGA